AUGGUCAAUAUAACGACCCUUCCUAUUGAGUUGCGAAUCUCCAUUUUACAAAAACUGUCCAAUAUCAGCGAUCUAUCCGCGACAGUUUCCAGCCUCCAGUCACUGGCCGAAGGUCUACGCGAAUCCCCCACUAUCGUCGGCCAUGUCCUGGCAAACGAGAUUGACCCUAAGCUUUGGCCUCUCGCAGUGAAGAUCUGGCAAAUGCGAACCCACAGAAAAACCAACAAAGUUCACAACGAAAAAGAUUCCUGGCUGGUUCUCCAAGAAACCCAAAACACCACAUCAGAAGAUGCAUGGGAAGAUAUGUCCAGUGUAGAUCUGACCGAAGCUCACAAAUUGCACCAACUGCAUUGCGCUAUCGAUAAGUUCACGAUCGACUUUACAUCCACAGCCCUUGAUCUCCUCGCUGUUGAGGCUUUUGAUGAGCUUGCAGCCCACGACAUCCACUGGGGUUCCUCGACGGCCGCCCAAUCGGAAAGAUUACACCAUCUAAACGGCGAAAAUGGGGUUCUUCCGAGGUGGUUCCAGCUGGAUACCGCUAUUGGGGAUCUUAACGACGAUUACCACAAUGAACGGUUUGAUCAUAUGCCAUCGUUUGGUGUAAACUACAUGAAAGCCCUACGAAAUAAUUGGCAAUACCAAGAUCCCGAUGGUCUAAAUGCCGGGCCUGCGGACAUUUGGUGUCAGGUGCAUCUAUCCGAUGAUCAGGCUCUCAGCAAAAAGUACGUUGUUGAACGAAAUGCGGGCUGUGUUAUGUGGGAUGCGUGGCGUUUCAAAGAUAUUGAGAAUUUCCUACGGAACAACGGCGUCGGAAAUUCAUAUUGA